AUGAUCGAAAGACUCCACACAGCAGAUGGCAACACCAUCACGAGACUGGAAGUCAGCCAGUGGCAUGUCGAGUCCGCCCUCCCGGACUUCGUAUCAUUGCUGACGAAUCUCUCCCAACUCCGCGUCGACCAUCUGGCAUACCAUCACGACGAAGUCUCAGUUGUGCAGCCAGCGUGGGACAAGCUGACGUCCGCCAGCAUGUUCCGAAACCUGACGUACGGAUGUGACGAGUCUGCGAUAAUCAUACACGCCCUGUCCGACUGCCCAGAGCUGAGCAGGCUGCGCAUUACUAUAGAGCCGGCCAUCUCGAGCCUUCUGAGUCCCCUACCCCAAACCACGCGGAUUGGUACAAGCGCCGAGGCCAGCCAGCAUCUCGCCCGCAAUCCUCACGUACCUGUCGAGAAUGACGCAGCUGCAGGAGCUCCGCCUGAUUGGAACGUCUCGCGGUGGACGGAUGGGGCUCUGGAGCCGUGGGACGUUCCCCCCCAACAACGCUUCGGAUGCGAUCAGAGAGGGAUGAGCCAACUCAAGACGUUCCAACUCAGCCUCCCCGGCGUCUACUCCCUCACGCCCGGCCAGGGAAGCCGCCAGCACAUGUUGGAGUCGAUUGCACGCAACAACCAAGAGAUAGAGGAGCUGGUUCUCGACGCGAGCCUGCGGCUGCCAGCAGGCAUCUUCUUCCUGGCGGCCCCCACCACCAAACUCGACACGCCACGACACCGGGAAAUCAAUGAAGAUAACCCUCCACUCCAUCAGCAUUCCAAGGGAAGGAGAGCCUGGGCCGGUCGAUGA